ACCCUCACUUCUUCUCCUAUAAAUACCGUGUCGGUCCGUUGUUUCCUUCUUUCUGAAGCGGGACCGAGGGAAAGAACCAGUCUCCUUCCUCUCUUGGGGCAAGAUCGAGAUCGAGAAAAGAUGGAUCGGUACCAGAGGGUGGAGAAGCCGAGAGCAGAGACGCCCAUCAGCGAGAAUGAGAUUCGGAUAACCACACAAGGGAGGACGAGGAACUACAUCACUUAUGCGACGACCUUGCUCCAGGAAAAGGGAUCUAACGAAAUCAUUAUCAAAGCUAUGGGAAGAGCCAUCAAUAAGACAGUCAUGAUUGUGGAGUUGAUCAAGAGGAGGAUUGCAGGUCUCCAUCAGAACACAAAAAUUGAAUCUAUUGAUAUAACUGAUUUGUGGGAGCCAUUGGAAGAAGGCCUUCUCCCCCUUGAAACUACCCGCCAUGUAUCAAUGAUAACUAUAACUUUGUCCAAGAAGGAGCUAGAUACAUCCUCCCCAGGGUACCAACCACCCAUACCAGCUGAUCAGGUGAAGCCUUCGACAGAACUUGAUUAUGAAGGAGAUGUAGAGCCCUUUCCAUCUAGUGGUCGUGGUAGGGGACGUGGCAGUCGUGGAAGAGGCAGGGGUAGAGGGAUCAGCAACGGGAUGGCAGAUUACGAUGCUGAUGGAGGUUGGGAUGGUGGACGUGGAUAUGGUGGCAGAGGGAGGGGGCUUGGAAGAGGCCGUGGUUACUAUGGACGUGGAAGAGGCUAUGGUGGCGGCUAUGGUGGAGGCUAUGGUGGAGGCUAUGGUGGCGGCUAUGGUGGGGGCUAUGGCAGCGGCUAUGGUGGCGGCGGCUAUGGUGGCGGCUAUGGUGGCAGGGAUAUGCAACAAGAAUCAGGUGGUUAUGACAAUGGUGGGCCAAGGGUACAAGGACGUGGCCGUGGCAGGGGAGGAAGGGGCCGGGGGCGCGGCCGUGGACGUGGUGGUCAGGGUUAUCAGAUGGACGCUCUCUAGAUGAUGCAUAAGCCCUCAUCUAGUGCAAGAUAAAUAUUCAUAUGCCUGCUUUGCCCGUGAUAUUUGAAAACAGUAUGGACUAAAACUUAUUUGUAGGUGGUUGCUGAAGUUUACUGAUAACCUGCCGCCAUCUUUGGAAUGUGGCUGAUGGUGUUUUUGUAGUUAGGUUUUUCUUCAUUUAUUAUUGUCCAAAGUUUGGUGUCUGCUGUGAAAUUGUACAAUUUCCAUAUGCUUUUGUAGGAAUAAUAGAACAGUAAAUUCUUUGAUUCUUGAAACCAGUUUGAGCUUGGUAUAAUUUCCAAGAACGUUUUUAUGCA